CUCCCAGUCUAUCCUUUGACAAGUAGGGUUGGGUUGUAUUUUUGGAUGCGCCCGUCGAUCUGAUAGCCUUGUGGGUCUUGUUAUAACAUUCUCAACAUACCGGGCAACUGCGAGAGGAGCAAGCGGCAGUGGAAGCGACAUGGAGAGGUGCAGCAACCAGAAGGAGGAGGUUUUUCGCCCUCCUUUAAAGUUGUGAAAAAAAAUUGGGCAGCUUGACAGGAUAUAAAAGAACAGUGAAAUAAUGUACACGUGGAUUCUCAAGAAAGAGCGACGAUUUCAGAGGGGUUUAGAGAGGCGGUUUUAGAGUGUUGUUUUAUAACAACUUUAAUAGUUAUUAAAAUAUGGUAUAAUCAAAAUGUAAUAACAAACAAAUAUAAAAUGUGCGUGUUUAAUGCUAUCGGACGAGCUUCUUCCCGAAAUAGAUGGAAACAAAAAUAUACACAUUCAAGAGAAUUUACCGACAGCGACGAAUGACAAUGGGGAUGGGAGUUCGACGUUCUUUAACACAAAUACCUGGCUGGCAGCAAGUCUCAAAAUAUACGACUGCCGACUUCCAACAGUGCACCCGAAUUUAAGACCGAAGUAAGCUGCUUUCAGUAAGUAAGCAUGAGCGGAGGGCGCUUUGAAUUUGACGAUGGCGGAGCUUACUGCGGUGGCUGGGAAGGUGGCAAAGCGCACGGACACGGAAUCUGCACCGGGCCCAAGGGACAGGGGGAGUUUUCAGGUUCCUGGAAUUACGGCUUCGAAGUUGUUGGAGUUUACACCUGGCCCAGCGGUAACACGUACGAGGGCUACUGGCACCAAGGAAAGCGUCACGGCCUCGGCGUUGAGACCAAAGGGCGUUGGGUUUACAAAGGCGAAUGGACACAAGGUCUCAAAGGGAGAUAUGGAACGCGUCAAAGCCAAGGCAGUGGGGCCAAAUACGAGGGGAUGUGGAAUAACGGGCUGCAGGAUGGAUACGGCACAGAAACCUACGCAGACGGAGGCACUUUCCAGGGCCAGUUUACCGGAGGCAUGCGGCACGGGUACGGCGUGCGCCAGAGCGUGCCGUACGGCAUGGCGGCGGUGGUGCGCUACCCCCUGCGCACCUCCCUCACCUCCCUGCGCAGCGAGCUGACCAACGGCGCUCUCCUGAUGCCGGACGCCGCCGCCAGCACCACCCGCCCAGAGACCCCGCCCCCGCCGGCGCCCCCCCCCGGCCUGGCCCGCGGCGGCUUCGCCCUCACCCUGCGCCCCGACCCCGAGGCGGCCCGGCCCAAAAAGAAGGGUCUGUUCCGCCGGGGCUCGCUGCUGGGGAAGCUGAGGAGGUCGGAGUCGCACGGCUCCUUCUCCAGCCAGAGGAGCAAGCAGGGCUUCCUGAGGAACGACUCCACCCUCAGCUCGGCCGCCAGCGACGCCAACUCGGCCACCAGCGACGCCAACUCGGCCACCAGCGCCUGCGAGGAGGGCGGGGCCGACGACUUCCCGCCCGCCGAGUCGGACAUCGACGCCACCACCACCGAGGCGUACGCCGGGGAGUGGAAGAACGACAAGCGCUCGGGCUACGGCGUGAGCGAGCGCUCCAGCGGCCUGCGCUACGAGGGCGAGUGGCUGGACAACCAGCGCCACGGCUACGGCUGCACCACGCUCGCCGAGGGCGGCAAGGAGGAGGGCAAGUACCGCAACAACACGCUGGUGAAGGCCGUCAAGAAGAAGGUCCUCCAGCUCCGGAGCAACAAGAUCCGGCAGAAGGUGGAGCACGCCGUGGAGGGGGCGCUGCGGGCAGCCGCCAUCGCCAAGCAGAAGGCCGAGAUCGCCGUCUCCAGAGCCACUCACGCGAAGGGAAAGGCAGAGGGGGCAGAGCAAGCCCUGCGGGCGGCUAACACCGAAUCCAGAAUCGCCAGGGCGGUGGCCAGGGAGCUUUCGCCUACCUUUCACCAGCCAGGUCCUGAGUACCUUAAGAGAAGGGCCCUGCAGGACAUUGCAGAGAGUAACAAGCAGGAGGAGCUGCCCUCGCCGUUCACAGGGGAGGUACGCUUAGAGACCCCACAAAUUCACAAGGUGGAGACGUCGGGGCAGUCAUCCUCCCUUCACAGCCCCUCCCCCAGUUCGGACACCACCACCCCGGAACCCCACCGCUCUACGCAGGGCCUCCGUAAGGAGGACCCCCACCUGCUCGGGCCGGGGGGUUGGAACGGGGAGCAGGCCAGCCGAGACGGGGGCGGGCAGGGGGGAGGCGGCGGCCCCGGCACCCCGUCUCCGCGGGGGUACGCCCGCUCCCCCAGCCGGCAGAGUGGCCAGGCCGAGCCGGGCUACGACCUGGAGAUCCAGCCCCUGCAGAGGAUGGAGCCCAAACCGGCCGGCGCGCAGACCGCCCCCCCGCAGGGGACGGGCCCGUCCGGCGACGCGGACCAAGACCGAGAGGGCCAGCGGCCUCCCGAACGCUCGGCCCUGGACCCCUCCCCAGACCCCGCCCCUGACCGCGCCCCCGAGCACGCCCCAGACAUCGAAGCCGAUGCGGAAAUCCGAGAGCCCCAACCGGAGCGGGCGUCGUCCGUCGCAGGGAAGGAGACGGAGCCCCAGGGAGAAGAGAGCGAGGAGGAGGAGCGGCAGCCCGUGCCGAAAACGGAGGCGGGGCCGACACCGAGAGCCGAACCCACCGCGCAGGCGGAACCGGCUCUGCAUCCCCGCCCGGAGGCCACCGCACCAGGAGCGAUGGCCAGAGCGGAGCCCAACGUCGGCGCAAAGCCUGCUGCCAAAGCCGCUGGGAGAGCAGACGCUAAUGCAGACGCCAGGGCCAGGAUCACUGGGAAGUCCCCUGCUGAAGCCAAAGAUUUGUUAGAAGAGGAGGGUCCCAACACAGUGGUGAUAUGUAUGGUGAUUUUGCUGAACAUCGGUCUGGCUGUUCUGUUUGUUCACAUCCUCUCAUGAGAAACCCAGGAGAAUUGGGGUUGCCACAUCACAUCAUUUUGAAGAGAAGGCGGAUUCCUCUCAACGAGCUGCACCUGUAGCCAAGAUGGUGGUUUCACCAGACAGCCUGAAAAUAGUGAACUGAAACAGCCUGAACCUCGUUGAGCAAAGCAUAUAGAAAAUUGAGCUAGAAAACGGAUAUAUUUUGGCAAUUUAGCAAUUUACAUCUGAAAGACUGCCUGCAUUAAACUGAUUGAAAAGUUGGCUAUCUAGCUAUAUCUGAAGGUCUUGAUCUCUUCCUGUAAGAAUCAGAUGACAGCACAUUUAACAUUUUUUAAAAAUCGCUUAUUUUUCUCAGUUUGGAAUGUAAUCGCGGACACAGUUUCAGUUGACAUUUCACCUGCUGUGACUGCAAUGAUUGCAAGUGCAGGAAUAACAAGAGAUGGUUGAUUGAGGCAGGAUGACAGGCUAGCCGGUUAUGCAUAGCAGUGGGCAGAGGUGGGCACCAUCACAGUCUGGGUUUAAUGUGGACCAUAGGGAAUGCAUUGCCGCUCCAUGAACAGAAACAGCUUGACAUUUCUUCCACUGUUACAGUAUUGAUGAUUAUUUGCAGCAUAUCAGUUAUUAUUGGCUUUAUAUUAUGAACUGGUUUGCAAGUUCAUAAUAUAAAGAUUGAUUGUUGGUUUCACGUUUCAAAAUUGGACAAGCGGAUGCCAUUCUAACACAUUUUAUUUAAUUUGCUGAUUAAUUCGGUCAAAUUAAUUAAGGGCUUUCUUUACAGCUGCACAGCUAAUUAUAGCUUGAAAUUAAUUUUCAGUUUCCUUCAAAAAAAACUAAAUGCCUCAGAGUAUUUGAAAAUCAAACCAAAUGAGAGCAUUUACUAAUAGAGAACUGAAUUCUUCAGUAUGUCCAGCCAGAAGCUGGCCUUAGUUUUGUCUUCCUUUUUAAAUACACUGUGUGCCUUUUCAAAUGGAAGAUAUAUAGUCAUUUUUAGCUCACUUACACGACAAUUUGAAUGUACUUGUCACUGAAAUAUUCAAAAACAAUAACAAAGAUGUUAAGAAAAUGAUUACUGGAGAUAAUGGGUCCUCCCCUGUGGAUCUGAAAUGUAAUUCAUUCUAAACACACACAAAAGGAAUGAAUGUUGAACGUAUUUCAAGUUAUGAUUUUAAGUGAUUACAGUGCAUUAAUACUUUUGAGGGACACAGACACACACACACACACCACUAUUGAAUGUGUUUCUGAACGGUGAAUUGUAUAUUUUGAACAGUGAAUUGCAAGUUUGAUAUUCUGGUCAUGAAUGUCAGUAUUGUGGCUUCCUUGCAUAGUGAUAAUGAUAUGCUGACUUUAAAGUACAUAAAGGAUGAAAUCUUCUACCAGAAACAGUGUAUUUGAGGAGAAUGUGUGAGCACUUUGCUGCCUGACAAAAACAAAAGCUCUAUGUAUGUAUUUUCAGAAAGGGGAAAACAUAUUGUUCGAAUGUGAAGAGUGAAUUGUAGAAUUAUAGUUUGCACGUAAAUAGCUCUGUCUCUCUAUCUCUCUGUCUGUCUGUUAGUCUCUGAGAGAGAGGUGACUUUGAUCCAAUUUCUAUGCAGCAUUUAACAUUUGACACAUUUAGUUGGUUUGCCCACAUUUUUUGAUUGUUGUUUUUUUUUCUUUUGCACUGAUGUGACACGUGUGUCUGUGUUUCAGCAGCUAUCAAAUUCAACUGUGGAGCAAAACUAAGUCUCAAAUUAAACUAUGCAGUAAAUUUUUACACAUCAUGCACACUGUAAUAUUGCAUUGAUUGUAUACUGUGCGACUGUAAUGUUCAGUGUGUGUUUGUUUAACACUAUAGAAUAUGCAAGGUUUUGCCUCAGGCUUGUGCCAUAGAAGGAAAAUGCUAUUCCUUGGUCUUACUCCAGGUCUUAUAAACUGUAUUAUGAAGUAGAAAGUACACAGACAAUGGACUAAAUUUUAGCGCUGUCAGAGGAAUAUCUUUGUUUGAUGUUUGAUCUUGAACCAUAUCAAAUAAUGUUUUUUAUUCCCACAAUAUCAAGUAGAUACUAAAUGCAAUGUUUGACCACUGUCAUUGAUGAACUCGUAUUGAUCACUGCCAUAAAUUAACUCUGGUAAUCAUAACUGCUACUAUUAUUGAAAGUAAAUAUGUGGUGUCAUCGCAUUGUCACAGUAAAGCAUGAGAGUAUAUUUUUGAACACGUAAAUGAAAAUUUAAAUCAAAUGUCAAAAUCACCUUGAAAUAUAAAUUUUAAAUGACAUAUUUUUUUACAAAAUAUUUCCUUAAGGUACUUGUGUACAAGUAGGUCCUGUCUGAAUGCACAGUCUCCUAGUGUGAUAUUUUGUCUGAAUGCCAAAUUGAUAAGUAUAAAUUGAUAUUUUUAAAAGUUUUGAAGUUCCCCCAUUUAUGUUUUGAAUAUACCUUUUUGCAUCAUGUUCCGUAGUAUUUAUUAUGUGUCACUGAUCAUCAGGCAAAAAUUAUCUUAAUUGCUUUUUAAGAUGAUUGUGCACUUGUUUGUUUCAUUGUUUCAUUACAAUAAAUGAUUGUAACUGUUGAUCUUAUACUGAGGUAUAAAUAAUAAAAGGGAAAUUUUAUGGUG